UGGUAAAUUUGUCAGAUUUCGAUUUGGAACCCUAAACAAUUUCAAAAGACUUGACCGAUCCUCUUCUCGAAGAAACUCGAUUCUUGUGGAUUCGAUUUCAUUGAGGAAUUUUGAAUUGUUGCCUGUGAUGGGUGGUUUGGCUAUGGAGGAAAUGCCUUUAUCGGCGCUAUUCGAGCAAGCUAGGAAAAUUCAUCUCGCUGCUUCAGAGUCCGGUGUUGAUCAGGAUGUUGUGAAGAAAGGAUGUGAGAUGUUUCAGAAGUGCGAAGACAUGAUCGGGAAGCUGGCGCUGUUUUCGUCUAACGAGACUAAAGAAGAUAUUAGCACCAACAAUCUCAAAUAUCUUUUGGUACCUUAUUACCUUGCGGAGUUGACAGAGAAAAUCAUACAGGACGACCGGAUUCCGAUUGUCAAAGCCUCGUAUGCAAAGUUGAAGGAGUUCUUUUCGUUCUGUGAGGCAAUGGAACUUGUUCCGGAUGAGGAGUUGGAGGCUUCUUCACGAGGAGGUUCUGGUGCACCUGCUGAUCGAAGGGCUCUGAAGAUAGCUCGGUUCAAACGUCAAAAGGCUGCAGAGGCAAAGCUUCUUGAAAUUAAAGAGAGAAAGGAGCGACGUGGACGUUCCACUAAAGCAUCAGCUUUGUCGACUCCGGUUGAAUCUGGAGAAGAAGAUAUUCCAGAUGAUGACAGCGAAUAAGAGAGAGAGGUUUGUCCUACUUUUUGUUUGGCUGCGAAUAUGUUGAUCAUCUCUCUGUCUUCAAACUCCAACGCAGGUUUGUAAUGAGUUUGAAAUCCAAAGUGUAGACCAAACCUUCAAAGAAAUCCUUAGAGAGAAUAUGUUUCUCGUCACAAUAACCUCAACUAUCAUAUCUCAAAUAAUCGUGAUCGAGUUUGCCAGCAUUUUCAUUUCUUCCGUCAGGCUAGACUUGAAAAAAUGGGUGACGACAAGUCUUUUGGGAUUGCUCAAGUUCUACUCAUAAAGAUACUCAACUACUUCAUAUAAUUUUUUACUCUUCACAUUUUUCUCAAUAGAUAAACUCCUUUUUUUUUUCAGCCAAGUCGCCACUCGCUUCCCUUACCCAACCAACCAAUAUUACCCAUAAC